AUGAAUCGCUUACCGAGCCGCAAUAGCAACAAUCUCAGCACAGCCCCGAUUCAUGGCCGAAGCUCUAUCCAGUCUGCUUCUCAGCAACCAUGGGCUUACAGCACCCAAACUGAACCGAGAGAUGAUGAGGAAGACGCAAUCGGGGAGAGUGAUGAUGCUGGUGGACCAAGUAGCGCGCAGAACUCGACAAAGCAAGAAGGUCAAGGUACUGGCUCCACGGCCGGGACAGCUCCUAAGCGAAAACGACCGCUUAAGCUGACUGCUUCGCAACGCGAGAGGAAACGCGCCAUUGACCGUGAGGCGCAGCGUAGCAUUCGAAUAAAGACCAAAAAUUAUAUCGCCCAUCUCGAAUCCCUGGUCAAAGCCAUGGAGCAGAAUGACGCCGGCGGUCCAGAUGGAGAGAACCAUCAAACACGAGAACUAAUGAACCAGCUACGCCAAAGCCAGGAAGAGGUACGGCGCUUACGAGAAGCCAUGCUAGGAGUGCAGCGGGUGUUGGGUGGCGCACUAGGAGACUCUUUCAAGCUGGCCAGCAGCGGCGAAGCUCAGGAACAGAGGCAGCUGUCUUCCUCGGCUUCUCCACCAUCGGGCAGCGAGCAGCCUCCAACUCUCGGUCGCAGCUUCAGUGCUUCAAGGCAGCCCAAUACCGAUGCAAGUGCCCCCUUCUGGCUCCCGUCUGCAGACAGCACACAACCGUCCACCUCGACGGCCGUGGCAUCGAGUCACACGAGCCCGCCAGGUAUGCAUCCUGCGCGGCCCGCCAAGGAUCCCUCGCAGCGAUUCGAAGGUGAGAUGUUCUACUACGCCGAAUAUCACCUGUCACGGGUCUACAACUCCCCUGGUCCUGGCGCUUUCUCUAACCGCCCUUUCGACGAAGAUAUUAUCGUGCGUGCUGUGGUCGAAGGGUGGGCCGCGGUGGAAGAGCGUCACCACCUCGACCUCGGGUGGCAGGUCCUGCAGGAGAUCGACCAGGUCAUCUUUGGCGACUGUGGCGUUGUCGAGCGUAUGGCUGCGUUGCGGCUCCUACGCAUGAAGUUACUACAUACCGCAAACAUCAAGGCCGGCAGUUCCAUCCCCCCACCGCAGGACAUCCCGCAAUAUAUGACCAAUGAAGUGAUUCAGCACGACAACCGCGCCAACGUGGUGGACAACUUUGUGUGGCCGGGUUUUCGCAAGUUACUCCUUGACACACCGCAACGAUACAUCACCAACGAACUUAACGAGAGCUUCAGGCACAACUUGAAGUUUUUAUGGCCGUUCGACGCCGCAGAUACAUACACCAAAGACCCUGUCACCUCAUUGUAUUGCUCGACUCCUGAGUUCAUGCGGCGCCAAGCGGAUAUUCGGUGCUGGACAAUGAAGCGGGUGUUCUUCAAUGGACAUGAGGAGCUAUGGGAGACAAUUCCUGCAUAUGAGGCCGACAUUCAGAAGUCGUUGCCGGCACCCCCGCUGAAUGUCUCGGUGGGCAUGCAAGGGCAGGGCACGGUCAUGGUAGACGAGCAUGAUGUGGACGAUGGCGACAUAGCUAGUAGCGCAGGCCCCGGGCCUGCUGUACUGCCAAGCCAUGGCCCGUCGUCGUGGGUAGGACAUGGCGCCGUACAGUCACUUCCACAUGUAAGCCACGGACUACCCAUGCCAGGUUAUUGGGCUGGUCCAAUGGACCCAGGUAUGGGCCAGGGCUUUGCGGCGCCCGGGCAUGGCAUGCCACCGCCUAGGGGUCCGCAAACCCAUCACGGCUAUCCGCCGUGA